GGAGGAGGUGCCGUCCCACAAUACCAGGCGGGAGGGCGGGUAGGCGGUUUGUAUCCGGGCAGCGAGGUGCUCGGAGCCUCCGCGGACCUUGCUGCUUCUGUGUCUUUAACGCGAGAGGAAGCGAUGCGGAGCGGUGGAAAAUGGCAGAGCUGCAGAUGUUACUAGAGGAGGAGAUCCCGUCUGGCAAGAGGGCGCUGAUAGAGAGUUACCAGAACCUGACCCGGGUGGCGGACUACUGUGAAAACAACUACAUACAGGCUACAGACAAGAGAAAAGCUUUAGAAGAGACCAAAGCCUACACAACCCAAUCCUUAGCUAGUGUUGCUUAUCAAAUAAAUGCAUUGGCCAACAAUGUACUCCAAUUGCUGGACAUCCAAGCCUCUCAGCUUCGGAGAAUGGAGUCUUCCAUCAAUCACAUCUCCCAGACGGUGGACAUUCAUAAAGAGAAAGUGGCUAGAAGAGAGAUUGGUAUUUUGACAACAAAUAAGAAUACAUCAAGAACUCACAAAAUAAUUGCACCUGCAAAUAUGGAGCGACCUGUAAGGUAUAUUCGGAAACCUAUUGACUAUACAGUUCUUGAUGAUGUGGGCCAUGGUGUCAAGUGGCUAAAAGCCAAGCAUGGAAAUAAUCAGCCUGCACGAACUGGCACACUGUCAAGAACAAAUCCUCCUACUCAGAAACCACCAAGUCCUCCCAUGUCAGGCCGGGGAACAUUGGGACGGAAUACUCCUUACAAAACCCUGGAACCCGUUAAGCCUCCAACAGUUCCUAAUGACUACAUGACGAGUCCUGCUAGGCUUGGAAGUCAGCAUAGCCCAGGCAGGACAGCUUCUUUAAAUCAGAGACCAAGGACACACAGUGGAAGUAGUGGGGGAAGUGGAAGUCGAGAAAACAGUGGAAGCAGCAGUAUUGGCAUUCCCAUUGCCGUGCCUACACCUUCACCACCCACUAUUGGACCAGAAAACAUUUCUGUCCCUCCUCCUUCUGGAGCUCCACCAGCACCACCUCUUCCACCACUUCUCCCAGGGAACACUGUGAUAGCGGCUCCGGGCUCAGCUCCUGGUUCCCAGUAUGGCACAAUGACCAGGCAGAUUUCUCGGCACAACUCUACCACUUCCUCGACAUCUUCUGGUGGAUACAGACGAACUCCCUCUGUGACUGCUCAGUUUUCUGCUCAGCCUCAUGUUAAUGGAGGUCCACUUUAUUCUCAGAAUUCAAUUUCUAUUGCUCCACCUCCUCCCCCUAUGCCUCAGUUGACUCCACAGAUACCUCUCACAGGCUUCGUGGCCAGGGUGCAGGAAAACAUUGCUGAUAGUCCAACUCCACCACCACCACCUCCGCCGGAUGACAUUCCCAUGUUUGAUGACUCUCCACCUCCGCCACCACCACCUCCAGUGGAUUAUGAAGAUGAGGAGGCUGCAGUAGUUCAGUAUAAUGAUCCAUAUGCAGAUGGGGAUCCUGCUUGGGCCCCCAAGAAUUAUAUUGAGAAAGUUGUGGCAAUAUAUGAUUAUACAAAAGACAAGGAUGAUGAGCUAUCAUUCAUGGAGGGUGCAAUCAUUUAUGUAAUAAAGAAGAAUGAUGAUGGCUGGUAUGAAGGAGUCUGCAAUCGAGUGACUGGUCUGUUCCCUGGGAACUAUGUUGAAUCAAUCAUGCACUAUACUGAUUAAAUUUUUUGCUUUUAAAGUAGAUACUUAUUAUUACUCAGUCAUACUGUGGGACUAUUAAUGGUUAACAAAAUUGUUUUAAAAUGUGCCCAUAUUUUCAGAACAUGCUGUUUUAUUGGUAUAACUGAAUGUCUACCUAUAAGCAUAAAUCUUUUGAGGCAGUUUGUGUAUUGCUAAACAGCAAUUUAUACAAGAUGCUGUCCAUAACUGAUUAUGCUUAUAUAUUUACUUACACAAUGUUAACAUUAUGACCAGCUUAAAUAUUCUGGGGGUGUAGGGUAUAAUAUUUAACAAAUCAUGAUUCAGAUUGUACCAUUACAUGUUUCAGUGCAGCAUGGUUACUAAUGCUAUGUCAGACUAAUAUUAAAAUCAGAAACUUAAAUGCUGGUGCUGGUCAUACAUUUUGUUUAGACUUUCUCACUCUUGAAAUAUAACUAUAUUUGUUCAAAGCAUGCAUACAAAUUUAUGUAUUGAAAUAUACUUUUAAAAAUCCAAGAUGCUUCCAAUUUGUGUAAUAUUUUCUUUGAGUACUCGUACUUAAAUAUCUUGAAAUGAAUUGAGUCCCUAAGGUUUCCAUGUGAAACAAAACAAAAAAAGGGUUACCUGUAAUGUCAUUUGUACCUGAGUUUUUUAAUGAGUGAAUUUGCAUUAUAAAUUUUUCCAUUCAUAAAUACAAAUAAGUGAACCAAAGGUUUUUUGUCCUUCCUUUCAUUGAUUUGCUUUUAAGAAAAAUAAAUAAAAGAUACUGAUUUAUUGCAGAAUUAUGGUUCUAUUUUCUCAAUAUAUAAACUUUGAAAAAAAUUUUAGCCUUAUCCUGUCCCAACAUCAGAUGUGACUGAUUUUUGCAGAUUUAAAAUCUAGGUGGUUAUGUACAAGGGAAUCUACUUAAUUGCUUUUCUAAAGUAACUUUUCAGAACCAAGAAAAUGUGUAAAAGUGUACACAUUCUGUAGGUAAAAUUCUUAAGGAUUGCUCAUCAGUCAGUUCUUCAUUUUUCCAGUGGACUGCUUUCAGUGAAGGGAAAUUAGAGAUAUCUUUUACAUACUGUUUUGUAGAAGUGGAUGCAAUUGAUUUUUGAAUAGGCACUAUUUAAUCCAUUCCUGGAACUAGAAACAUAAGAUUUUUUAAAUAAUUGGAAAAGGUGAGUCAUAUAUUAAUCAGUGAACAGUGAUAUACAUGACCAACAGAUUUGUAUUGUCUUCAUUGGAAUGCAACACAUGCACUUUCUGUGUCUCCUCUUAAUUUACGGGAGGUUUAUUUUAGAGGGGUAUUUUCUUUUGUGUAUAAUUCUGUAUUGCCUAGGAUACUAAAGUAGAGCACUCAAGUGUGGAUUUCUGUGUAUUGAGCAACUGUUUGGAUUUUAAAUUACAGUUAUGUACUGGGUGUUACAGACUUAUAACAGUAUAGUAAAUGGUAAGAUUAGUACAAAACAUUUGUUUCUGAGAAUUAAAAGACUGUUGCUAUCAAAUCAGUGUGACUGUUGCAUAUGCAUUUUGCAUUGUUAAUUUUCAACAUGAUUUCCUAUCACUAGUGAUCAGCUAGCUACCAUACCAUUUUUGUUUCAUUGUUUUCAGUUUUGUAUACAACUCAUCUAAAUUGUAUUUACAGCCUUUUAUAAUAAACCAUUCUCCUAUAUGAAAUUUUGGAUACUGUUAAAAU